GCGGACUUUGAAAAGAAAAUUAGACUCGUGAAUGAAAUAAAGUUAGUUUUGACAACCAUUAACAAAUUAAGGGGCACUGAAUUUAGAAUUUUGAAACCAGCUCAGUUUCUGUGUAUCAGAGAAGCGUUGAUUCGGGACACAUUAGCCGUUCUACCAACAGGAUAUGGAAAAUCAUUAAUAUUUGAGACACUGCCGUAUUUCAGAAAUUCAUCUAUUCUGGUAAUUUCUCCGCUGAAUUCUAUCAUAGAGGAACAGUUAGUACGCUAUGGAGAUAAAGCUGUACAUUUGAACUCAGAUAUUGUACGUUGCUUAAAAACUGGUGUAUUAUCUGAGGACUGUCAAGCUGACAUUGAAAAAUUGAAAAGUUGCAAUUUUUCAUACAUCUUGGGUCACCCAGAACAAUUUAUUGAUAAAGCCGUGUUUGGACUUUUUAAGUCAGAGAAAUGGCAGAGUAAAAUCUCACAUAUAGUUGUGGAUGAAGCACACUGUGUAGUUCAAUGGGGUCAUGGAUUCAGGGAAAAAUUCACUGAACUUGUAAAACUGAGGUCAAUGUUUCCAAAUGCAAGAAUGUUGGCUUUGACUGCAACUGCUACAACCAAAAUGCAAAAUGAAAUAAGAAAACAGCUUGGAAUGAAGAGCGCAUUGACUGUCCAAUCAUCAAUGGACCGACCAAACAUAAAAUUGACAUUGGUCAAAAGACCAGCUGGAUGUGGUGGAAAAAACACUGUCCAGGAAUCAUAUGAUUUUAUCUAUCAACCAUUAGUUGAUGAACUACGGGCAGACAAGUCAAGUUUUGAAAGGACAAUAGUUUAUUCGAAAAUAAAUUGGUGUGGCUAUGGUUAUGAGGAAGUGGUCAGGCCAUUGAAAAAUGGAGACAAAGAGGACAAUAUUGAGAAAUGUGUUGCCCAGUUUCACAGCCCAUGUACAUCAGAGAUGAAGAGCAAAGUUUUGAGUGACAUGGCAAGUCCUGGAAGUGACCUUAAACUGCUUUUUGCAACGGAAGCAUUUAGUAUGGGUACAGAUUCACCAAAUGUUAGAAGGGUUAUUCAUGCUGGAGUUCCAAAAACACUAGAAAUAUACAUACAAGAAAUAGGCAGAGCUGGAAGAGAUGGUAAAUCAUCAACAGCUAUUUUGUACUAUAACAAAUCUGAUAUUUCACAAGCUGUUCCUGGUAUGACAGAUGGAAUGAGAGAUUAUUGCAAUUCAAAAACUUGUCGACGUGCCUAUUUAUGUGAACAUUUUGGUUGUGAAUUCAGUGAAAUGAAUUUCAAGCAUGAAUGUUGUGAUUUAUGUGAAAUGGAAUGCACAUGUAAUCAGUGUUCUGAAACAAAAAGUGAAAUUCCAAGUGAAAUGGAACAAACAGACAAUAUCAUUGAUGUGCCACAAUCUGCUACUGAUGUUGGUUUAAAAAGUUCAAUAUUAGCAACUGUUAUCGACUAUUUUGAAUCAGAAAACGAAUGUCUUAACAUGCCAAAUGCAGCAAUUUAUACAGGUCUCACCAAAGAGCUUGCAAAUUUGAUAUCUGAGAACUAUCAAGCCUACCUUUCUGGUACCAUUAUACUAGAACAAUAUCCUAAAAUUGGUCCAGAAAUUGCAGAAAACAUUUCAAUCAUUGUUCAAAGUAUUGUGCUAAACAAUUCAUAUUAUUAAAAUCUUAAUUAAUCAUCAUUAUUUAUUAUUGUAUUUUUGCAGACCAGCAGUUGUAUAGAUAUGGUUUUAGGCUUAACCAAAUUGAUUGGUACUUUUUUAAUUCAUGCACUAAUGCUGGGCAAAAAAAACCGUUAAGGUGAUCAAAAGUAUCUUUUCUGCAUUUAAAAAGGAAA